AUGAUACAACCUUCUCUCCUGUGGUUGUCACUACUGACGACCCUGGUGGCUGCCCAGCUCAAGUGCUAUCGUAUCGAUGGCACCGAAGCAGACUCGGUGUAUGCGCCAUGCAAUCCCAACGCCAAGGUGAGUGGAUGCUGCGCAAUCAACAAGUCCAACCCCGAUCUCUGCCUCGGUUCGGGCCUGUGCAUGUCCCAAGACGAGGGCUAUCAAGGCUUCAUCUAUGCCAACGGAUGCACCGAUCAAACGGGGAAGGAUUCUGCUUGCCCUAACCCGUGUCCCAACAACAAUUGGGGCAGCGCUUCCGUGACAGCCUACAACGUGCUUCAAUGUGCUCCAAGUAGCCAGUACUGCUGCCGGAAAUUCGGGGACAGCAAGAACUGCUGCAGCAGCACUGUGAGCUUCAGCAUUGGUUCGAUCAUCACGACGGCGACUACGACUGCGAGCACCAGCUCCGUCCCUGCGACGGCAACUAGCUCUGCGACCUCGACAGCAACCGCGAUAGUAUGCGCCGAGAAUGGGAUGAGCAGCAACACGAGCAGUGAAUGCCCCCAGGAUAAAUCAGCCGUCGUGGGCGGUGCUGUUGGGGGUGUUUUGGGCGCGGCGCUGCUUGCCUCCUUGGGCGCUCUUGUUUUCUUGUUGCUACGGCGGAGGAAAGACACAGAACCAUCAUCAUCUAUUCCAACGUACCAGCCAGAGAUUCCACGGCCGCCCGUGUAUGAGCUUCCGCCAGGCCACAAGGUGCCCGAAAUGGCUGGAUGA